UAUAAAAUAUUAAUAAUUUAAAAAUUAACAUGCAGAAACCGGAAUAAGUGAUGCAAGAUUUCGCAAAUUUAUUAGAUAAAUGUAAUUGAUUGUAUAAAUUUUUUAGAUAGAAAUGAUCCUGAGGCUUGGUCAUAAAUAUACAAGGUUAUAAAUUAUAAGCCAACUUAAAAUAUUCCUAAAGGAUAAUCGUUAGACCCAGAGAAAAUUCGAGAGUUCUUAAGAUUAGGUAAACCUGGAACUUAAGAAUUUGAUCCUUAUGAUGAUAUGAUUUAUUUUGAUGACAAUAAGGUUAAAGAAAUAGUUUUAAGAUAAAACUUCUUAAUAGCAAAAGGUAGAUUAUGAUAAAAUAAUUGUUAAUAGGUUAUUUUGAUCCAAAGGCAUACUUUCCAUCAAUUAAUUUAAGUAGUUUAGAUGACACAUCAUUUGAUGAGAAAAUAAAAGGUAUUAAUUGUGUUAAUGAUUAGAAAUGCUUAAAAUACCAGAAUAGGCUGACAAGAAAAUUUGAAAAUUUAUAUCAUGU